UGCUUAGCUUUGUGAAAUGAGUGACAAAAAUAAACCUUUAAAUUGGAUUUUAUUUUUUCAAGAUGUACUCAUAAAUUACUUGUCAUUGACUUAACAUGAUUUUCAUUAUUCAGCAAUAAAAUCAGGAAACCUGACUCACUGAUGAUUUUGCUUCAUGAAUAAUGAUGGUGUGAUUUUACUGUUUUAUAAAAGGUUCAGCAGCUGCAGAGAAUGAGAGCAUGUUCUUUUGACUUGGAGUUGCUGUAUGAGUUAAUCACCAAAAAGUGCUUAUCUGUUUUUAAACACCCUUAACACUGUACAAGUACAGAUGUUUCUUGUAUUGAGUGAUGUUCCUGAUGUUCUGCUGCCUCUCCUCCUCCUCUUCCUCUCUCAGGAUGAAGAUGAUCUCCCUGCUGCUCCUCAUCCUCAGCUCAUGUCUCUGUGCAGCAACAUUUGUAGUGAAUGUGACCCAGAGCAGCUAUGAGGCCGAGGAGAACCAGAACAUCACUCUGGAGUGGACCUUCACCUGCAGGACUCAGGGAUCCUACAGGGAACUGUUCAUCUACUGCAGCUUGUUGGCUCCUGGAAAAGAAUCAGUUCUCUAUCAGGUCCAUGAUGGAGUUGAGCUUCCAGAUUGUCAGGAUGAACAUUUUUCAGGACGAGUCCAGAGUGACAAAGACGUCCUCAGAGAAGGACGAAUCAGACUCCAUGUGUCCAGACUGAGGACUGAAGACUCUGGUCUGUAUCUGUGUGACGUGAAAACUGAAGAUGGAUUCAACUCUGGAGGAUGUCGACUCAACGUUACUGCAGCUGCUGAUCAGAUCCAAACUCAGAGACCAACUUUGACUCCAGAACCAGAGGAACAAAGAUGGAUCAUCAUGAUAAUCUUCAUCACUGUGGGAGUGACAGUAGCAGCAGCAGCAGCUCUGAUCAGACUUUUAUAUUGUCUUUUAGUGAAAUGUUGUCUGCCGGGAGAAAGAGACUUUUAUGUUACUGAUGAAGAGACAGAAAGUUUAGAUGCCUUUUCAAUAUAAACACUUUGAUCAAAAGUUACAGAAAGAGGGGAAUGUAGAUCAGCAUCAGUAUAAAAAACUCCAUGAUAUUUAUCUUGACUAAGUGAAGGAUUUUAAAAUGAAACGUUACAUAGCUGUAUAUGUAUCAUAUAAUUCAAGAUUGUAAUUUACUCCCUAAAUUCAGUGUUUCAGGUUUUAUCUGAUUUUCUUUCUUCUGUUCAUGAACCAGCAGCUGAUAUCGGAUACUUUACAUCUCUACUGGAUUGUGAUCUGGUUCUGAACCGCUGGCUGCUGGAAACAGACGUUCUGGACUCAACCAGAACCUGGAAUCAGAACCUGGACCUCAGCAGAACCCUGAUCUGAGCUGCUUUCAGCUGCAGCAGCUGAUGAACCAGUGAAGCUCUGGAUCUGCUCCACUGGUUCUGGUUCUGAUGGUUCUGCUGAAAUAAAUCCAGRUUUCUUCCCUCAUGUUGUCAGAA